CUGAAAAUCUACAAACAGGAAGCGGGCGUGCGCGGGUACGUCAGUAUUACGUCACUUUACGUUUGUAACCGAGCUGACAGAGCCGCUUCUCUUUAGUGGAGGGAUUUGAGACGGUUGGCUUGUUCAGCUCCUAUUGAAAGAUGUUCAAAAUAAAGAGGAUAUGUUGCAUUGGUGCUGGCUAUGUGGGAGGCCCAACAUGUAGUGUGAUUGCCCAAAUGUGUCCAGAGAUCACAGUGACUGUGGUUGAUAUCAACGACUCCCGAAUCAAAGCCUGGAACUCCGACACGCUUCCCAUAUAUGAGCCUGGCCUGAAAGAUGUAGUUGAAUCAUGCCGAGGGAGGAACUUAUUUUUCUCCACAGACAUUGACUCAGCCAUCAGGGACGCUGACCUUGUUUUUAUCUCUGUGAACACUCCCACCAAGACCUACGGCAUGGGGAAGGGCCGUGCCGCAGACCUCAAGUUCAUUGAAGCCUGCGCUCGGAGGAUUGUGGAGGUGUCUGAUGGCUACAAGAUUGUCACAGAGAAGAGCACUGUCCCCGUGCGAGCUGCCGAGAGUAUUCGACGGAUCUUUGACGCCAACACCAAGCCAAGCCUCAAUCUACAUGUGCUGUCCAACCCAGAGUUCCUUGCAGAGGGAACGGCAGUGAAGAAUCUGAAGGAGCCUGACCGUGUCCUGAUUGGUGGAGAUGAAACGGCGGAGGGUCAAAAAGCAGUCGAAGCGUUAUGUGCCGUGUAUGAAAACUGGGUGCCCAAGGCCAAAAUCAUCACCACCAACACGUGGUCGUCAGAGCUGUCCAAACUGGCAGCCAAUGCAUUCCUGGCACAGCGAAUCAGCAGCAUCAACAGUAUCAGCGCGCUGUGUGAGGCUACCGGGGCUGAUGUGGAGGAGGUCGCCACGGCCAUUGGCAUGGACCAGCGAAUUGGCAGCAAAUUUCUCAAAGCCAGCGUGGGUUUUGGUGGAAGCUGUUUCCAGAAGGAUGUGCUCAAUCUGGUGUAUCUUUGUGAGGCCCUCAACCUGCCAGAGGUGGCCUCCUACUGGCAACAGGUGAUAGAUAUGAAUGAGUACCAAAGGCGGCGGUUUGCCUGCAGGAUCAUCGACUGCCUCUUCAACACAGUGACAGGCAAAAAAAUUGCUCUGCUCGGGUUCUCUUUCAAAAAAGACACAGGUGACACAAGAGAAUCAUCCAGUAUUUACAUUUCCAAAUAUCUGAUGGAUGAAGGGGCCAAACUAUUCAUCUACGACCCCAAAGUUCUUAAAGGGCAAAUCAUUCAGGACUUAUCUCAUCCCAGUAUCUCAGAAGACAAGCCAGAAAGAGUUUCAGAGCUGGUGACUGUGACCACUGACCCUUACGAGGCUUGCCAGAGCGCACAUGCUUUAGUCAUCUGUACCGAGUGGGACAUGUUUAAGGAGCUGGACUAUGAGAAGAUUUACAAAAAGAUGCUGAAGCCGGCCUUUAUAUUUGACGGUCGCAGAGUGUUGGACCACCUUCACGUACACCUCCAGGACAUCGGCUUCCAGAUCGAGACCAUCGGAAAAAAAGUAGUGGCAACGCGGAUCCCCUACACCCCUGCUGCUGCUCGCAUCGAGGCCAGCGAGCCUCCGGCCAAAAAAGCCAAAGUCUAAAAUUGUUGGCACGCAACACAUUCCUCCCUCAACCUUUGAAUUGGACUCUGUCAAAUCCUGCCUUAUUAUCUGAAGCAAGCCAUACAAGCCAUGUGACUUAUGACUCUGCCAUAAUAGGCUGACGAGUUCAAUCUUUAGGCUCAUUAUUUUGACUAUGUAAUCAAGUUAUGGUUGAACAUUUCCAAACACACAAAUGGUUUAUUGAAUACACUAGUAUUUAUCAAGCGGUUUUUCAUGUAAUUCAGCAUGUCUUGCCAUAGUGUAUGUACUUUUUACAGCCACAUUCCAAAUGUUUUUAAAACCUAUAUUUUUUAUAAAUCAUAAUGCUGUAUGUGCACACUGUAUCUGACUGAAAAGGUCAGUGCAAUAAAAUGUCAACAAGU